CCCGUUGCCAUGGCGGCCCCGCCCCGCGCGGUCACGUGACGCGGCGCGCGCAGGGCGCCCCCCGCCGCCGGACGCGCCCGCGAUGCUGCGCCCGCCCGGGCCCGCCUCGGGCUCGUGGCUCUGCUGAUCCUCGGUGUCUCCGCUCGUGUCCCCCAUGGGCUCACCAGUGUCGUUCGUGCUGUCGAGGAUGUCGGGCUGCGGGGGCCCCGCCAAGAGCCGGGUGACGGUGCCCAAGCGCGUGUGGGAGUUCGUGACGCGGGAGCGCGCUGCGCGCCUGGCGCUGCUGGCGCAGGAGGCGCGGGUGCGGAUCCUGGUGGACGGCGAGACCCCCGAGCUCUACGUGCUGCAGCUCUGCGCGACCCCCCCGGGACCCCCGGGCGGCGCGGGGCUCUGCCCGGCCCGCAAGGCGCUCAAGGCGCUGCUCAAGGAGACCGAGAAGGAGCUGAAGAAGCGCAGCCAGCGGCACGGAGAGGUGCUGGGGGCGCGCCCGGAGCCCCCCGCGGGCGGCGCGGGCGCUCCGGGCGCGGCCCGGGACGAGGAGCCCGAGCGGCAGUGCCCGAUCUGCCUGGGCGAGAUGCGCGGGCCGCGCACGCUGGAGCGCUGCCGCCACUCGUUCUGCGGCGAGUGCAUCGCGCGGGCGCUGCAGGUGCGCUCCGCAUGCCCCGUGUGCGGCCGCUUCUACGGGCAGCUGGUGGGCAACCAGCCCCCCGACGGGCGCAUGCUGGUCACCCGCGACGCCGCGCUGCCCCUGCCCGGCUACGAGGCCUUCGGCACCAUCAUCAUCCAGUACGUCUUCCCGCCCGGCGUGCAGGGGGUGGAGCACCCGAACCCGGGCGUGCGGUACCCGGGCACCACGCGCGUGGCGUACCUGCCCGACUGCCCCGAGGGGAACAAGGUGCUGGGGCUGUUCCGCAAGGCCUUCGCCCAGCGCCUCACCUUCACCGUGGGCACCUCGCUGACCACGGGCCGCGCCAACGUCAUCACCUGGAACGACAUCCACCACAAGACCAACUGCACCGGCGGGCCCCAGCUGUUCGGGUACCCCGACCCCACGUACCUGGCCCGGGUGCAGGAGGAGCUGCGGGCCAAGGGCAUCACCGAGGACUGAGUGGGGGGGCAGGGACCCCCCCCGGGCAGGGGGAGCCCCCCGGAGCCCCCCCGGGCAGCGGGACCCCCGGGCAGGGGGAUCCCCAAUUGCACCGGGACCCCCGGGGCAGGAGUGGCACCCCCUGGGCACAGGGAGCCCCCCGCUCCACGGGACCCCCGUGCAGGGGGAGCCCCCCAUUCAGCAGGACCCCCCCCGAGCAGGGGGAGCCCCCCAGCCCCCCUGGCUGGCGGGGGGGGGCACAAGGAGGGGCCAGGCCCCCCCGGGGGCGCUGGUGCCGCUCAGCCCCCGCAGCACGGACAGACAGACGGACCCCUGUACAUAGCCCCGACCCCCAGGACAGACGGGGGGACCCCUGCCCCCCCAGCCCCGGGGGGGGCCCGCCCUUGGGGAGGGUUAUUUAUUUUUUAUUCCCCCCCAGGUCUGUAACUUUGAUCCAAUAAAAAUAUGCAAUGGA